AUGUCGCCACUGCCAGCUGAAGUCACUAGUCACCCAAAUUACUUUACAAAACAGGAGUUUGAAAAACGCGUUCAAAAUGGUCAAUUACUAAUAAUAUACAACAAUAAAGUCUAUAAACUUAAUAAAUGGAUAAAGUAUCAUCCAGGUGGUGAAUGUGCAAUUCUUAAUAUGAUUGGCAAAGAUGCUACAGAUGCCAUCAAUGUUUUACAUCCCGAUUAUGUAAUCAAUAAUAAAAUCAAGAAUUUUUAUAUUGGUGAAUAUGUUCUCGAUGAUUCAGAAGAAAUUAUAAUUCACUCUCAAACAUCAACGAACGAACCUGAAUUAUUGUUAACAUUAGCUAAAGAGGAGUCAAUAUCAAUGGCAUUUAGACGAUUGGAAUCCAAAAUAAAAGAACGUGGAUUAUACAAUUGUAAUUAUUGGAAUUAUGCUUAUGAAACAGUUCGAUACGUUAUUCUGAUAACAAUAGCCUGGUACUUUGUUUUAUAUGGAACUACAACUUUUCAUUAUUUUAUAAGUUCAAUAUGCCUUGGUUUGUUUUGGCAUCAACUGGCAUUUACCGCUCAUGAUGCUGGUCAUAGUGGAAUUACUCACAACCUAUAUGUCGAUUAUUUAAUUGGAAUAUUCAUAGCUGAUUUUCUAGGUGGAUUAAGUAUUGGUUGGUGGAAAAAAAAUCAUUACGUUCAUCAUAUUAUAACUAAUCAUCCCGAACAUGAUCCUGAUAUCCAACAUUUACCAUUUUUUGCUAUAUCAACUAAAUUUUUUAAAAACCCUUAUUCAAGUUUUUAUAAAAGAACCCUUCAUUUCGACAUUUUUGCUAAAUUUUUCGUUUCUUAUCAACACUAUUUAUAUUACAUUAUAAUGUGUUUUGGCAGAUUUAAUCUUUAUGCUUUAUCAAUAAAUUAUUUAUAUGAUGGAGCAAAUGCUAUUUUUAGAAAUUUAGAAAUUUCUUGCAUGAUUUUGUUUUGGUGUUGGUUUUCUUACCUACUUUCUUACCUUCCUUCUAUUCCUAUUAUAAUUUUCUACAUUCUAAUCUCUCAUAUGACAACAAUGAUAUUACACGUGCAAAUCACUCUUUCUCACUUUGGCAUGUCAACUACUGAAUAUGGUCCGUUAGAAUCUUUUCCACGCAGGAUGUGUAGAACAACAAUGGAUGUUGAUUGUCCUUGGUGGAUGGAUUGGUUUCAUGGUGGUUUACAGUUUCAAACUGUUCAUCAUUUAUUUCCACGUAUUCCAAGGCAUAACUUGAGGUCCUGUCAGCCUUUGGUUAAAGAAUUUUGUGAAGAAGUAGGAAUUAAAUAUCACAUUUACGGUUUCGUGAAAGGGAAUGGAGUUGUUCUUGGUGCUUUAAGAGAUGUGGCUAAUCAAGUGAAAUUAUUGAAAACGGUGGCUAAUGGAAAUUCGAUUAAAUAUUUUAAUCACAAUGAUUGA